AUGUCACACACCGGACCCCCGCCCCGCUGGAGGAACUGUCCCCGCAGAGGACAGCCUGUGGCGGGUAAAUUUCUACCAAUGAAAACGAUGCUUGGUCCCAGAUAUGAUCAAGAUGUGGCUGAAGAAAACCGGUUCCACCCGGGAAUGCUGUCCAACUACUUAAAGAGUAUGAAUGUGAAAAUGGGCUUGCUUGUGGAUUUGACGAACACUACUCGCUUCUACGAUCGCAACGAGAUCGAAAAAGAAGGCAUCAAAUAUGUGAAACUCCAGUGUAAAGGACAUGGGGAGUGUCCUUCGCCCGACACUACUGCUAUGUUCAUCAGACUCUGUGAGCACUUCAUAGAGAAGAACCCCACAGAACUCAUAGGUGUUCACUGCACGCAUGGCUUCAACCGCACCGGCUUUUUGAUCUGCGCGUACCUGGUGGACAAGAUGGACUGGAGUGUGGAAGCAGCUGUGGCCGCCUUCUCUCAGGCCCGGGCCCCUGGGAUCUACAAGGGGGAGUAUCUGAAAGAGCUGUUCCGUCGCUAUGGAGACGAAGAGGACGCGCCCGCCGCCCCCGCGCUGCCCGACUGGUGCUUUGAUGACGAGGGCCCCGAGAUCGACGACGACGGCAACACGCUCCAGGAGUCCGGCCCCAGCUCCUCCUCAUCGGGCCCCGGCAAGAGGAGGAAGGAGAAACUAAAACUGGGCGCGGUGUUCCUUGAAGGCAUCACGGUGAAGGGCGUGUCCCAGAUUACCACACAACCCAAACUGGGCCAACUGCAGCGGCUCUGUCAGGAGAUGGCAGAGUGGGACAAGUCUGGCUUCCCCGGAGCUCAGCCCGUGUCCAUGGACCGACAGAACCUGCGUUUCCUGGAGCACAGUCCGUACAAAGUGAGCUGGAAGGCGGACGGCACACGGUACAUGAUGCUCAUCAAUGGGAAGAACCACGUGUUCAUGUAUGACAGAGACAACAGCGUGUUCCACAUAGACAACCUGGAGUUCCCCUACCGCAAGGACCCUCGGGUGCACCUGGCCAACACACUGCUGGACGGGGAGAUGAUCAUUGACAAGGUGAACGGUCAGCCGGUGCCUCGCUAUCUGAUCUACGACAUCAUCAAAUUCAAUGGGCAGCCGGUGGGACACUGUGACUUUAACAUUCGUUUGGUCUGUAUGGAGAAGGAGAUAAUCUCACCUCGAAUGGAGAAGAUGAAGACGGGACAGAUCGACAAAACCAAGGAGCCCUUCAGCGUCCGCGCCAAGCCUUUCUUUGACAUCCACGCGUCCAGAAAGCUGUUGGAAGGAAGCUUCACCGCACAGGUCAGCCACGAAGUAGACGGCCUCAUCUUCCAGCCGUGUGGGAGGUACAAGCCGGGCCGCUGUGACGACAUCCUCAAAUGGAAACCCCCAAACCUGAACUCGGUGGACUUCAGGCUCAAGAUCACCAAAGUGGGAGGCGAGGGGCUGGUUCCUCAGACGGUGGGCCUGCUGUACGUCGGAAACUAUGACAGGCCGUUUGCGAACAUGAAGACUGAUGGUGGAGAUGAGAGUCAGCUGCUCGGGCUUCGAUGCAGCUCUCCUCACACCUGCUGCGAGCUCUAA